GAUAAUCCUAUAUUCAUUGUUUCUGCAUCUCUAACGUAGAGCUGACUAUCUAUCAACAAUGAGCGGAAGAGGCAAAACCGGCGGCAAAGCGAGAGCGAAGGCCAAGACUCGCUCCUCCAGAGCAGGGCUGCAGUUCCCCGUCGGUCGUGUUCACAGACUUCUCCGCAAAGGGAACUACGCCGAGCGCGUCGGUGCCGGAGCUCCCGUCUAUCUGGCGGCUGUGCUCGAGUAUCUGACCGCUGAGAUCCUGGAGUUGGCUGGAAACGCCGCGAGAGACAACAAGAAGACCCGCAUCAUUCCCCGUCACCUGCAGCUGGCGGUGCGCAAUGAUGAGGAGCUCAACAAACUCCUGGGGCGAGUGACCAUCGCUCAGGGCGGCGUGCUGCCCAACAUCCAGGCAGUGCUGCUGCCCAAGAAGACCGAGAAACCCGCCAAAGCCAAGUAAACCGAGUCCGCUCGA